AUGAUAUAAGAAAUAAGUAUAGGUUAAACGUACACACUUUAUUAUGGUAAAAUCUUUAGCAUUACAAUAGAAGCUUUCAUAGCAUAUUAGCAAUUUAUUGUAUUAUAUCACUUUGGUUGUCGUCAUGGGCAGGGUUGGAAAUCAAACCGGAUCGGGAGGGGAUUCUUUUUGUUAUGGACAGAAGGGGUCGUGCAACAGGGGAAGCAUUUGUUCAGUUUGAAAGCCAGGAAGACACUGAACAAGCCUUGGGACGAAAUCGGGAAAAAAUUGGGCACAGGUACAUUGAAAUUUUUCGCAGUUCUUUGGCUGAAUUAAAACGUGCAGCAUCAGGUAAUGGACGACCCAGUCCAUAUGAUAUUAGAGACCGUGGGGGAAACCGUGGCAACGAUUAUGGACGCAACAAUAUGCGCGGUAACAAUGAUUGGGGUGGCAAUGGUGGCAAUGGUGGCAGUUUUGGCAUCGGGGCCAAUAACACUUUGGGAUUCAAUAACUUGCCCGGACUAAUGAAUUCUGGAAAUUUUGGAAAUAGUUUUGGGUCUAACAAUGGCAACGGUGGAAAUUUUGGCAACAAUUUUGGAAAUAACGGAGGAGGUUUCGGCAAUGGAAAUAACAACAAUAGUGGUUUCGGUGGGAAUAAUCGUUUUAAUAAUAGUAAUGGAAACUUUGGAAACGAUUUUGGAGAUUUUAAUAAUUUUGGUAAUAAUCGAAAUUUCAACAACGGCAAUGGCAAUAACAAUGAUUUUGGUGGUAACAAUAUGCGCGGUAAUAACGGCAACAAUUUCGGAAAUAAUAAUUUUGGUAACGGCAAUAAUAUGGGAAGCAGUGGAUUUAAUGGUAACAAUCAUGGUAAUAACUUUGGACCAAUCGGUGGAGGACGUUCUGAAAGUGAAUAUUUUACUAUACACAUGCGAGGUCUACCUUACUCAUCCUUUGAAAAUGAUGUUUUUAAGUUCUUCGAUCCAAUGCGGCCAGCUAAUGUACGCAUAAACUUCAAUAAAAAAGGCUUACACAGUGGUACUGCUGAUGCCUUUUUUGAUACUUAUGAGGACGCCCAAUUGGCUAUGAAGAGACAUAGAGAGCAAAUGGGCUCCCGUUAUAUUGAAUUAUUUUUUGAUGGAAAAACUAAGAGUAAUAAUAAUUUUUCACGACGCAUUUAAAUGAUAAAAAUUUC